AUGGGGAGGGGUGGACUUGUCAUGCCGGGACCCACACUCUUCCUGCUGCUGGUGCUGCCACCUCCCCUACUGAGCGCAGGGAGCUUCCAGCACAGUGGUCCAGCCUGGAAAGACCUCCACCGCCUCACUCGGGACUGGGGAAAUCUCUAUCGCCACCUCAUCCAGAAUGAGGGAACUUUCCAACAUCUCCGUGGCCCAACCGCCUGGCCCCAGGAGAACCAGGAAAAAGACAAGAAUUCCUGCCAGAGCACAUAUGACCUCUACUUCAUCUUGGACAUGUCAGGCAGUGUAAACAACAACUGGAUGGACAUUUACGCCCUUGUGGAGGAUUUGGUCAAGAAAUUUGACAACCCUAAGAUACGGAUGUCUUUCAUCACCUACUCCACACAGGGUCACAUACUCAUGAAGCUCACCUCAGACAAAAAAGAAAUACAGGAUGGUCUUAACAGACUUCAGAAUGUGGUACCUACAGGAAACACAUACAUGCAGGAAGGCUUUAAAAAGGCCAAUGAGCAGAUUGAACGAGCUAACUCAGGAGAAAACAAAGUCCCCUCUAUGAUUAUCGCUCUGACCGAUGGAACUCUGGAGUCAGUCUCAUUGCAAGAGACUAAGCAACAAGCUGACAGGGCUCGGAAGUUGGGGGCAAAUGUAUACUGCAUUGGUGUAAAAGACUAUGAGACAGAACAGUUAUCGGAAAUUGCAGACAGCUUAGAUCAUGUGUUUGGUGUGGACCAAGGAUUCAAGGCUCUUAAAAACAUCAUUGAUCCACUCACGACGAAGACCUGUAUUGAAAUUACAGAUGUGGAGCCUUCUGAUCUCUGUACUGGAGAUGAAUAUGAAUUGAUGAUUUCUGGAAGAGGCUUCAAUAAUGCAAAGAGCAAGGAUGAAGUUAUUUGUAGAUUUAUAUUCAGUGACAAAAAAUCGAUUGAUAAAAAAGCUGCUUCUGUUGAUGAUACAACCAUAACAUGCCCAGGAAUAAGGAUAGAGAAGCCAGAUGAGAAGGUCUUCAUUGAAGUCAGCCUGAACAAUGGCAUCAACUUCAUCUAUAACAAUGUUAGCAUUAUCAGCAAGAACUGUAUGAGUUCUAAGGUGAGCGAGCCAGAUACUGAGGUGAUGGCUACCCUCCAGACUACCCAACUGCCUACCACACAGGCUUCCUCACCGCCUCUCCCACCUACAUCCCCACAGUUCAUCCCCUAUGUCAAUUCUCCCUACUUCUUUAUGAUCAUCCCAGGCCUGCUCCUAUUCCUGUUGAUGCUCUGGUGCAUCUGGUGGAUGUGCUGCAAGAAGACUGUCAAGGAGCUGCCACCAGUGCAGAAAUCAGAAAGGGAGCCGGAGGAGGUAUGUCACAUGCAGACAUGCCCCACAGUGAUUGUCCCUUGUGGGUGCCAAGGAGGCGGGAUAAAACGGAUGGAGGGAAAACUGGAUAGCUUGUGUGACUUUGUUCAGCGCUGCAACCAGAUGCCACUGAUGUGGUAUACCCCUAGGGACAUGGGGCGGUGUGUCAACUUCUCCCUGAUGAAGCCCUACUGUGGGCAGUUGCCCUGCAGCCCUAAGAUCUGCCUGCAUCCCACCCGGGAGUGCUUCCCCAUCAACAGUUACUGCUCGCGGUGCCAACAACCCCCGACCACGUGCUCCAGGCUCCCCUCCAGGGUGCUGCCGCACAUCUCUCCCAACUCGCGGUCACUCUGUGGAGCCAAUUUGUCUCUCCAACCCCCAUAGCCCAACCUGUAGAGCACCCAAAGCCCAAUACUGUUAAGAGCCCUUUGUUUGCUGAAUUAGACAUGUAUGUUGAAUCUUGGUUUCCCAUCAAAAGGCGUUGGAAUUUGUUGCCGA